GCUUGGCUUUUGCCUCCGGAAAAUCUGAAUUGCCCCACCUGAAAAAACAUGUGUGACUCGAGUAUCCAACCCCACCGCCGAUAAAAUCAAUGAUGAGAGGAUGCCUACAGGAUGCUUCCUGCCUUCCAGCAUUUCCCACCUCUCCAAGAGGUGAGAAAGGAUGAUUUAAUAGUUGGAGGACCUUGUGAGGAUGGCAAACUUCAAGGGUCACGCACUUCCAGGCAGUUUCUUCCUGCUCUUUGGGCUCUGGUGGUCUGUGAAAUACCCACUGCAGUAUAUCAACCAGAAAGCAAGUAAGAAAACCUACAGGAUUUAUUGUUUUAAGCAUGUGGAUGCCAUCGAAGGGGGAAUCAAAAUCAUCUUUGCUUUAAUAGGGAUGCUGGCAGAGCAGUUCGUCCCGGAUGGUCCACACAUGUACCUCUACAGUGGAGAGAACCACGACUGGGUGAAGCUGAUGAACUGGCAGCACACCACCAUGUACCUCUUCUACGGCCUCUCCGGGGUGGUGGACGUCUUCACAUACGUCUCCCAGGUGGUGCCGCAGGGUCUGGACCGCCUCAUGCUCUCCAUGGCUGUGUUCGUUGAAGGUUGUCUCUUUUAUUACCACGUCCUUCACCGCCCCAUGCUGGAUCAGCAUAUCCACUCCUUGCUGCUCAUCGCGAUCUUCUCAGGGGCCUGCAGCACCAUGCUGGAGGUCUUCCUCCGUGACAACAUUGUCCUGGAGAUGUUCAGAGCUGGUGUCACCAUUGUCCAAGGAACAUGGUUCUGGCAGAUUGGGAUCGUGCUGUUCCAGCCAUGGGGAGGUCCAACGUGGGAUGAGACGGAUCACAGCAACAUCAUGUUCCUCACCAUGUGCUUCUUCUGGCACUGGGCAGCUUCUGUGGCCAUCCUGGCUAUAAACUACACUCUCGCUUACUGCUGCCUCCAGAGGUGCAGGAGAGGCAGUGGAGAGCCCUACAUAGGGCUUGGAAUCCGGCAGCAAAAGUGUGACCCCAGCUCCCAAGCUGCCUUCUUAAAUGGAUCUGAUGAAGAGUGAAGAGGGCGCGAUCUCCGUCUCUAAAUAUGUGAAGAAUCUGUUUUCUAGAAGAGAAAAAAAAAAAAGAAUUAAAAUCUAAUUAAAAAUUUAUGUUUUGGAAGAGCAAAGAGAGGCUCCACCGUUCUGCUGCUGGGAAGGGUGUUGAGCACAUGGGUGGUAUCUGCCCUCUGUCCAUACCCAAAUAUCGCCAUCUCUGAGACCGGCACUGUUUGCAGUGUGGAAAUUCCACAUGAUGAGGUUGCUAUGGGUUCCCAUGUGCGUUGCCAUGGUGAUGGAAGGCAUCCUCUGGCCAGCUGACCUUUCCAAGUGCCAGGAGGCUGAAGUCAGGAAAACCUCCAGCUUGAGGUUGCGUUUCCCCAGCCCAAGGAGGAAGAGUAGAAGAGUGUUGAAAGGAAGAUUAUGUCAAAUCUGUGACAUCACAGCUUGAUUUUGCACAAUAUAAAUUUCAUUACUGAAGCUUUGAGCUAAAGAAGGGUUUCGUUAAUAGUUUCC